CAACCUAUUCACCACAGGCUAUAACGUUCGGACGAGCUGAAUGAAAGUCUGAGACGGGAAGAAAAAGACUUGACAUCUUAAGUUUCUCUUGCCAAGGCAGAGAAAGCGUUAGAAGGGUAAAGGAAAUAGGAAAAUCAGUUUGGCAUUAUCAGGGAACACUGCUUUCUGAAUCAAAGUUGCAGGUACUUUUAAAGGGUGUCAGGUUCAAGGACUUUCACUCAGCCGCGCACCAGAGAGAAUAAUAGUGGGAUACACUCCAAGGAACGACAGAACGCACAAUGGAUCGCAAAAUCCCCGAUUUUUCUGGUACUUGGAAAAUGAAAAGCUCCGAGAACUUCGAAGAGCUUCUCAAAGCACUGGGUGUGAACGUGAUGCUGCGUAAGAUUGCGGUCGCAGCCGCGUCAAAGCCAUCUGUGGAGAUCACGCAGGACGGAGAAACCCUGUCAAUCAAGACCUCCACCUCUGUAAGGACCACCCAUGUCACCUUCACAGUUGGACAGGAGUUUAAUGAGGCCACUGUGGAUGGACGUCCCUGCACGAGCUUUCCUCGCUGGGAAACAGACAGCAAGAUUAGUUGCGAGCAGACUUUGCAGAAGGGUGAGGGUCCAAAAACCUCAUGGACCAGGGAGAUGACCAAUGACGGCGAACUGAUUUUGACCAUGACUGCAGACGAUGUGGUGUGCACAAGAGUUUAUGUCAGAGAGUGAAAGUAUGAGGAAACAGGAAGAAUACCCAUCCAGAUCACUCUCUUUCCUCGUUAACCACAAUGACUGUGAUUUUAUAUCAUCUAUUUCCUUUCUCCCUCAUCUGUUCUUUCAUUUUUUGUUGACAAUGUAUUUGAAUAAUACAUCAGAGAGCCAUGCAAAUAAUUCAUGUGAGGUUCCAGAUUUUGUAAAAAAAAAAAAAAAAAAAAAAAAUUGGGUCAUUUAACAAAUACAUCAUUUUGGCCUCAAAAGCACUUUUAAGGGUUGAUCUUCACAUUGAUGAAGACUUGGAAAUCUGAAGCUUGGAAACCAGACUUUGGUGAAACAGUUCAUAAUCACCACUGAAAAAUAUCAGUAAAGGUGAGGUCACAUUUACUAUUGUAAAUUUUCACAGGUGAAAUCCAGUCAUUUUAAUAGUUAUCUCCAUUAUUUUGUGUAAGGGUGAAGGAUUUCCCCACUCAGAUUUCAGAAAAGGUUCAAGUUGGGUUGAAAUGACGUCUGUGUAAGCUGUGCUUCAUACAUCACUACGCUAAUGAGAAUAGGCAAUUGACUUUUAAAGGGAUAGUUAGCCCAAAAAUGAAAAUUUACUCACCCUCAUGUCAUUCCAAACCUGUGAGACCUUCAUUCAGCUUUGGAACAUAAAUUAAGAUAUUUUUGAUGAAAUCCGAGAGUUUUCUGACCCUCCAUAGACAGCAACGCAACUACCACAUUCAAGGCCCAGGAAGGUAGUAAAGACAUCGUUAAAAUAGUCCAUGUGUCAUCAGUGGUUCAACCGUAAUGUUAUGAAGCUACGAAAAUACUUUUUUUGUGCAAAGAAAUCAAAAACAAUGACUUUAUUCAAAACAUGACAACACAUGACUUUAUUCAGUGACAUAAGGGUGAGUAAAUAAUGACAGAAUAAAAUGUUUGGGUGAACUAUCCCUGUAAGAAUGUAAGCCUAUGUACAAUAUGCUGUCAGAACAUGUUAUGUUUGUAGUUCAGUCCGUAAUUUUUUUUAAAUAUUCUCAGUUGAGCCUUCGCUAAGCUCCGCCAUAAAUUGUAACUGACCAAUCCUACUUUAGCAACUGUUGCCAUCCUCCAUUUUCUCAGACAGACUUUUGCCCUUUCCAGUGUAACUCUAUGGAGGACCUGUUGCGUUUGGAUAGUUUUUAAAGGUGCUGUGUGUAAUGUUUUGACUGUACCAACUCAUAAAAUCAGAGGAAAGUUAUUAAGGAAUGUUCACAUACCUGUUUCUCUGAAAAACAAUGCUACAGCAAGUUAUUCGAUUUUAAAAAUGUGCAUUCCGUGUCAGGAUGUCUGUUUUUCUUUUGGUUUGUGAGAUUCAGCCAGUUUAACCAAUAGUAUUUCGACACCCCGGGUUGCCAGUUGGUGGAAAACAGCACACUGAAGCAAUUGAAGGCAGCGGAAAAAACUGGCUCAGAGAUCACACAUUCUACCCAACCUAAAAAGCCUCAACAUCAAUUUAAAAAGCUGUAAAACCAGAGGCAUAUUAAAGCAUGGAUAUUCUCAAUUGCGCUCACAGUUGGACUGCAGUACCAAUUUCAACCACUUCGCUGUCAAUAUUACAUACUGCACCUUUAAAUUCAAAUUUAUAGUUAUUUUACAGCCAAUUUUACUGUAUUCAGUUGAUUGUGAGAUUGAAAUCUCCAAUUCAUUCCUAUGUGAGGCUCUGUAUUGUCUGAUGUAGCGACAGUACCAAGGGGGCGGAGCUAAGCAAAGGUUCAGUUGUAAUUAGAACCCCAUGAAGCUCCAAUCCCAGCCUUCUCUUUUCAUCUUUAUUUUUUGUAUAUAUUUUAAUAAAACCUGAAUCUGAAGUUUCUUUUCAUUAUGUUUUUUAUACAAACAAUUUCAGCAGUCAUUACUUAUUUCUGUGCAUGGACAAUAAAGGUUACUGCCAAGAAUGUGUG